UCAUCAAGUUAAUUGUGUUGUUAGAAUGAAAAAAAUGGAUUCAAAUGAUGAGUUUCAUCAACCUGAUUAAGAUGUUUGUUAAUUAACUUGUAUUAACACAAUGAUAAUAAUCAACCUACUGAUUGUAGAGAGGGUUAAAAAAUGAUCAUCUUAUUAAAUUGCCAACCAGUUGACAACAAUUUACUGAUGAGCGAUAAUUAAAUAACAAUAAAUAGUUUGAUUUUAAUUUAGUGAAAAAAAAGUAAAUUGUUAAUCAUUGAUUCCGAUUUAAGUUUUUAAGCCAACAAGUUAAUCCUCGAGCCCACCACUACCUCCUCCUCCUCUUCAGGAUCAACACCACCACCACCUCCCACUUUGUCUUCAUUAUUUGGAUAACAAUUAAGUUAAUCAUGUUGUUCAGAUUAAUGUUCAGUUACCUGUUGAUUCAUUGUUUUAAUGAUUCUGCUUGAAAACGAAAAGUUAAAUUUCAAUUUGCAGCAAUUUAAUCUUGUUCACCAAUCUAACUAUGUUUUGAUUGAUAAAGAUCAACAUUGAACGAAUAGUUAUCAAGUUAAUUGUGGGAUAAAAAUUAACAAAUUGUUACCAAUGAAAUGGUUUGUGUGGUUGAGUUUUAUCAUUUUGUUGACAUUAGUUGACAAUUUAACUUUAAAUGUUAAUUGUAAAGGUAUAUCAUCAUUAGAUAAUGAUGAAUUAUCAGUUAAUCACAAUGGAUUGGAUAAAAGUGCCCCAACAAUUAAGGAAUCGUUAGCAUCUUCGUCACAAUUAAUGCCCUUCUUUUAUGUUGGUGAUAUUGAUAAAUCAUCAACAUCGAAACCAUUGAUUACUAAGAUAGUCCCAAAAUCGGAUAAAAAUGAGAUCAAGACCAAAAAGAAUGAUAAAGAUUCCUCAUCUCGACGAUCAUCAUCAUCAUCUUCAUCAUCACAAUCAACAACACCAAGACCUCAACUAAUUAAACGAAUUAAAUCAACAAAAAUCCCAAUUCUAAUUCCAUUGUCAUCACCAUUAUCAGCAAAUCGUCGGGUUUUCAACGAUAAUGAACUUUUAUCGAACCUGAAUGACGAUGAGGACGACGAUGAAGAUAAAGCUCUUCCACCUUCGUACAAAUUACUUUGGUACAUUCCACCUCGAUCUUCAUCCUCUCCAUCACCGUCUCCAUCUCCCAUGAGCCGAUCAUCUUUCAGCCCUGAAUUUACUCCGCUAUUUAAAUACAACUCAAUGGUGGCAAAUCCACCCACUGGUUACCUCAAACCCAAUUACUAUCACUCUGAAUAUCAUUUACCUUUCAAUUCCCACUAUCCAAUUUAUCAACCAUCUUCAUUGAAUUUUCCCAUUUACCCUGAUUUCCCAUCACCUACAAGCGAUUCAAUUGAUGAAAAUAUGAACAUUCAUGAUGAAGAUCUCGAUGAAAACAAUCAACACUAUCAACUGUAUGGUAAGAGCUUUUACCCACCACCACCUCCUCCGCCAGUACCUUUACCACCCUCGAGAUCUUUCACCUCAACACUUUACUCUCCUCAUCAUCAUCCACCUCCUCCAAUGUUUCCCUCUCGAGAGCAACCGAAACACUUCACGAUGUCAAAGUGGAUAGAAAGUGGCCUUAGUGAUGGUCCAUCGGUUCAUAGACGAUACCAAAGACCUAAACCUUCGGGUUUCCGGUCAAAAGAUAUUCUUCAAGAUCCGGAUAUUGAGAAGAUUUUAUCAACUUUUGACCUUGAAAAGUCGUUCGGCACCAAGAAAGAUAAAACUUAUCGACCUCGUAAAAGUUACGAUGAUAAUCUUACCAUGAACGGUAAGUAUUCAGAGAAUGAUAAUUUACAUUAUCAGGCCAAUUCUCGAGGUUGGGGUGGAUUUAUGAACAACGGAAUCUCUGGAAGGUCAAAUAUUGGACACUAUGGUGGACGAACCGAUUUCAAGCCUUAUUAUGAUUAUUAUAAAAAUCUUCGAGUCUCACCUUAUACAGUUAAACAAUCAGCUAAAUCAAUUCAGACAAGAUAAUUAAAGUAUCUACUUUCUUGUACCGAUUUUCAAAUGGUUAAUUAUCUAUUAAUAAUUUAAUCAUCAGUUUGAUUAACACCCUAACUUGUAAAUAAUUAAUAUUAAAUUCUGAAAGCAAUCAAA